CAAGUAUCAGUAUUCCGUACGUUAGGGUUAUCGGUUAACCGGUUACCAGUCACUUGGCGUGUCACUCACUGUUGGCACGCAUUCGUAUGAUAAAAGUGUCUUCCACUUUGACAGCUAUCUUUCUUUCCCCUCUCUUGACGAGUCAUGCCGGAGUUCGCGGAUUCUACCAUUCAACUCUUCGGCCGCUUCACGAAGAGGGCUGAGGUCCAGAGUCAGGGCGGCCUUCUAAAUGGCGAGGAUCCCACUGCCUACAAUACCGCUGAUCCUUUGCGAAUAUGGAUCGUUCAAGUUGGGAUUAUUAUCAUGAUGACCCAACUGCUUUAUCUGGGUUUGCGAAAGAUUAAGCAGCCCAGGGUCAUUUCUGAAAUCCUUGGCGGUAUUUUGCUUGGUCCCACCGCGUUCGGUCGCAUCCCAGGUUUCACGAAUCACAUAUUCCCCGCUGCAUCCAUCCCUUAUCUCACGCUCGUCGCUAACAUCGGGCUCUGUCUCUUCCUGUUCAUCAUUGGACUCGAAAUAGAUGCCAGCAUCAUACGGCGCAACGCCCGUCUCUCCGUAGUGGUAUCCCUCGCUGGUAUCCUCCUCCCUUUUGGCGUUGGCGCGGCGAUAUCCAAACCGCUCUACGAGCACUUCAGCGAUUCAUCAGUCCACUAUCCAUACUUUAUGCUCUUCGUGGGCGUGUCGUACUCCAUCACAGCUUUCCCUGUUCUCUGUCGUAUUCUGACAGAGCUUCAGCUUCUUGAUACCACCGUCGGCCUUAUCGUUCUUUCUGCUGGAGUCGCCAACGAUGUCGUCGCCUGGACACUGCUCGCCCUUAGCAUCGCCCUCGUUAACGCAACAUCGGGGCUCACCGCCCUGUGGACCUUCCUCGUCUGUGUGGCGUUCGCGUUGUUCCUACUCUUCCCUGUAAAGAGGAUCAUGCUAUGGCUCGCACACAAAACAGGGAGCACGGUGAAUGGGCCUACCAUGUUUUACAUGACGGUGGUUAUGAUCGUCCUAUGGGCAAGUUCUUUCUUCACCGACAUCGUCGGCGUAAACGCCAUAUUCGGUGCCUUCCUGGUCGGCGUCAUCAUUCCGAGAGAGGGCGGGCUUGCGAUUGCACUUACCGAAAAACUCGAGGAUAUGGUCUCUAUCAUUUUCUUACCCUUGUAUUUCACUCUUUCCGGUCUAAAGACAGACCUCGGAUUGCUUAAUGACGGUGCUGCAUGGGGAUUCAUGUUUGUCCUCGCCGCACUCGACUUCACCGGAAAGUUUACUUCAUGCACGCUCUCUUCGCGGUACUUGGGGUUCAGUUGGAGGGAAUCUAGUACUGUCGGGGGGCUCAUGAGUUGUAAAGGUCUCGUCGAAUUGAUCGUGCUUAAUGCCGGCCUGUCGGCUGGCAUCCUCAACGAACGAGUUUUUUCGAUGUUCGUUCUUGAUGCACUGAUACUCACUUUCUUGACAACGCCAAUUGUCAACCUCCUCUACCCUCCAGAGCGUCGAACUCGACCUGGUGAUGCACAGGUUACGGAGACGGCCACACCUCCAGAUGAAGGUGACAAAGUAGUAGACGAUGAUCAGGCUUCCCUGGUCGCCCCCAAUCAGUCACCCCUCGCGGUCCCGCCUGCUUACGAUGACUCUAACACUUCGUCCGCGAGGAAGCCCGAGUACCAUGUAGAUGCACUCCGACUGAUUGAGUUGUCGCAACGUACAUCCGCCGUUAUGAAAUCGUCCGACCCGUUGUUGAGCGUGUUCAAAAUGUUUGGGGAGGAGAGCGACAUACCGGUAUCGACGAGUUUGGCAGUCGUGCCUUACGAUGAAAUGGCUGCUUCAGUCGCUGAUCAUGCAAGGAGAAAUGGUUCGCAACUUGUACUCAUUCCAUGGCUAGCACCAAUUGCGGGCUCGACGACUUCUGCUAUGGACGCUGCAGUCCCCGGCACACUCCCUGCGGCCAAACUGGAGAGCAGCAAUCCUUUCGAGGCCCUUUUCGGCAGUGGCUCAAAGGCGAAUGAGUCCGCCGCCGCCUUGCGAUCGCAGUUCAUACGAGGUGUGUUUUCACAGAGUAGGAUAGACGUUGCCGUUUUCGUCGAUACGGGUGAUAGGGUCGGAACGCGGGGGCCCCAACACAUUCUUUGCCCGUUCUUCGGUGGACCCGACGAUCGGCUUGCGUUAGAUUUUGUCGUGCAGCUGUGCGCAAAUCCAAGGAUCAGUGCAACUAUUGUGAGAGCGACUAUGGGUCCAGUUGAGGUAGCAGGGUUACAGAAGCCUGUCGAGGCUAUCAUAAAUGAUGGACUUCCUGUGAUAUCCACUAUUGGUUUAGAGGACUCUAUAUACCCGUACCAGAAUACCGAGUCAAGGCUGCAGUCCGACACUGCGGAUAGUGUGUUGUGGGCUCGGUACGCCGGCCUGGAGAAAUAUACCGUCGGGACCCAUCUUCAAGCCGCGCUCUCCCGAAUCACAUUCGAAGAGUUGACGACGCCUGUACCUCUGCAAAGCCUCAUUCAACGUGUGCACGAGUUUCGCGAGGUACACAGACGUGUGUUAGUGGUCACUGGCCGGUCGCGCAGUCGCACCACAAUGAGUGGGGUGACUCGGUACGAAGAAGUGAAGACGGUCGCGGAGAAGUAUGGAUGUGCAGGUGGGGGGAACUUUGAGCUGGUGAGGAAGACCGUGGGUGAUGUUGGGUGUGCGUUGUUGGUGUCGGGCGCGCCUAAUGCGAUGGUGGUCGUGCAGGCGGGGGUUACACCUGUGGGUGAGGCGUGAUGUACGAGUUUGUGGAUAUGAUAUGUUGUAUAUUUCGGCACUCUUACUUGGCUACCGAUGCGCGUUCUUGUAAUGAUAUUACCGUAG